CGUUGUUUGUGCGUGGAGCGAGCAGGACUAGGUCCUAGGCAGGGGUCUUUAAGAUUUUCCAAUACAGCGGAGACUUUUACAAGGUCAAACCAGGUAGAACAUCAGGAGAUAAUUAGACAGCUUCUGAGUCAGUAUGGAUCCGGUGUCCACCAUCAACGCUACAAAUACCACACUGCAGUCAGCUGCCGAGGCUCUCCAGGAGGAGAAAAGACUGUUACAGCCAAUAUGGGACCUGCGGUUGGGCCACGAAGACUUCCUCCAGUCCCCCUUGUUCCCAGUGGUCCUCUCCGUGGUCUUUUACUUUACUCUCUGUCUCCCAUUCAUGAUGGUCGACAUUCUGUGCAGGAACCAGGCCUGGUAUCUCAAGUACAAGAUACAGCCAGAGAAAAAGGUUACAGCUGAUUUGAUCUACGACACACUCUACCUGACCUUCUGGAACCACAUCCUCUUCAUCAUGCCGGCUGCGAUUGGUCAAAUGGUCUGGGUUUUACCCACUCCUCUGCCUGGUGUAGCGCCCACGCUCUUCGAGUUUGUUUGGCAUCAGAUAGCGGCUUUAUUCGUCUUUGAUUUUCAGUACUACGUAUGGCACCUGACACACCACAAGAUUCGGUUCUUGUACCGCCACAUCCAUGCGGUGCAUCACAGGUACAAUAGCCCGUUUGUGUGGGUCACUCAGUAUCUUCACCCCUGGGAGCUGGUUGUCGUCGGUUUCCUCACCACCACCAACACCUGGUUCUUCGACUCGCAUCCGCUCACUGUUUGGAGCUACAUGAUGGUAAGCAUCUUGGUCAGCGUAGAGGAUCACAUUGGCUUCGAUUUCCCAUUCCUUCUGCACAACUUGGACCCAACUGGCACUAUCGGGGGCUCGCCCAAGCACGACAUGCACCAUCAGAAACCCCUCACCAACUUCCAACCCUUUUUCAACCAUUUCGACAAGCUCUUCGGCUCCUACUGCCCAGCGAUGAGUGCGGGGGGCAAAAAGAGCAAAGCUUUGCAAGAUUAUGAGAGGAAGGUCAAAGACUGCAAGAAAAACCUCUAAUGUUAUGCUUACGGCAAUGUUGCUUACAAAAUUGAUUUCUCUGCGACUGAGAAGUUUAUUUUU